AUGUCGCGAAUAGAAAACUGGUCGCUGCCUGGCAACCCUGCCAUCGCAGUUCGCGACGAACUUCACGUUGCAGCAAUCAACUUUAGGGCAACUCGGGAAUGGGUCCCAGGAACACUUUCGGUCCGUCAGUCGGUUUUCCCCCUUGACCUCCAUCGGCCGGGACGACGAAUUCUUAUAACGACCACGAAACGGCUGGUGCUUGCUGUCUGUCUGUCGCUACCUGAUUUUGAGGAAGACGACACAAUCUACCCAUCUUCAAUGUUCACCCCCCCGCCAUCACCUCUGCCAUCGCCGGGAGACGAGAUCAUCCAGGAGUCGGCCAGGGAAGAUACCAUGUCAGUGGAGAGCAAACGUAGCACUCGUCGCAGAACGAAAUGGACCACUGUGGUCUUUGUUCCACUGGCGCUUGUGCUUAUCACGGCAUCGACGCGCUACAUCACACAUCCAGUUGCAUUCGAUAUCUUCUCCGAAUCACUACCGCUCAAUUGGCAUACCUUGUCCACGAAGGGGACGGACUGGCGACGACAUAAAAGGCACCCACAGGAUGCUGAGCAAACAGUGGUGGAGACAUCCGUAGUCAGUGGAUCGACUGCUACGAUUGUCUUUUCUUCGACAGCUGCUUCAUCUGCUACAUCUGUCGCCUCCACUACUGCAACGACCACGAUUCCUGCGAGUGAACAAGCAUUACCCACAGUCCCUACUGAUCCCGAUCUCCCUACACCCUUUCCCCAGUCCUUCGAUUCCGACGUUAGCCAGAAUUUCUCUAGCAUGACUUGCUACCAAUUUUUCACGAACAUGACCAACACUGCCGCCUUUCGCUCUUGUAGACCGUUCUCGGUUCUGUUGCAGACGUCAUCGUCGUUUAUACAGGUACAAGACAACCUUACGGAGCUCGAUGCGGUGAUCUGGGGUACUUGUAAUCCAACGCUCGGCUAUUCUCAGUGUGUUACGAAUAUGGCGUGGUUUGCGUCCACAUUGAAAGCACAGUGCGAGGCUGAUAUUGGGGACAAUAAUGCCAACGCCGUCGAGACGCUUGCAUCCCUGCAAGCGUAUUCCACCAUGUACACCGCUGCCUGCCUCACCGAUCCUACCACGGACACCUACUGUUACGUCAAUGCCGUCCACAACUCGGACCCUUCAGAUCUCUAUUUCUAUGAGCUGCCAUUAGGGAUCAGUGUGCCUAACACUUCUACACCCUCGUGCUCGGCUUGCACGAAGAGCCUGAUGACUGUCUAUGCCGAUGGGCUGGAAAAUUCAUCAACGUCGAGCUUGUUGGAUGAUCUAAGGAAGACUUAUCCUGCGGCUCAGGAGCUGGCAACGGGCAAUUGUGGAUCAGAUUAUGCAAGGACAGUUGCGGCUGUCGCAUCUGGUGCGCUGAUAUUACGGGCGGGUGCGACGGGUGUUUUGUUGAUAUUGGCAUUAACUGCUUGGACAUUGUAUACGCUGUUUUAG